AUGGACUUCGACUUUGACAAGUAUAUCAAGAAGAUGGAGGCACAUAACUACGAGGAGGAUGUCAACGACCAUGCUGAUAUCCGCGCAAAGAUCAGCCUUCACGAACCUCGGAACCUACAGAACCUCUUUGUCGUGAUACGUGAAGUCGACAAUAUGGGUGAUGUUGGUUCUGAGGUUCGUCUGCAUUUUAACAAGGAAAUGAUCCAUUGGAAUGCAGGGCGAAGAGGCACCGUCUGGUACAGCAAGCCUCCUGCUGUAUCGGGAGCCAUUCCCAUGACCCAUAUCACUCAGUACUUCCACGAGCACUCCGGUCAACUCGGCAAGAACGCUUGCUUCUAUGCUAAGCCUCGUCCGGGACUUGUUUUUACCUGCUGGGUGGUCAGAACGCAAUACACGACGCAUUGUCGAACCGACAAUGGCAAAGACAAGUACGGCGACGAUUGGGAAGAGUCAUUCCGCAGCCGAAUCGAGGAGGCUGACGACAUCACUGCUACCGAUAUGAUGCAGCAUAAAGACGAUGAGUUGGAAGGUUUUGUUAAGUAUGACAUUCUCGACAUAGGCAAGGGACUGCUCAAGCAUCCCAAGGAGAAGCCACUGCCGCGUUCAGGUCAGCUCCUGGUUCUACUACUCGGAAACAUGGUCUCCGGUUUCCCCAACUUGAUGACGCCUACUUCAGGUCAGCUCACGGGCACUAUGGGAUCAAUGUACCUGACCACGCCGGCGUCAACUUAUCCAAGGUCCCCAGUUACUCCGGGUCGCAUCGGUCCCCCAAGCACCCAGAAGCAAGGCGUGAUGUCCGCUACCGUGACGCCACCACCUCUCGCCUCUCUACACCGAGCACUCCAACCAAAGAGCGCUACUAGCCCUUUCAGACAUUCCAACUUUUAA